ACAUUCAUCUUAGACAGAUAUGAACUCAAGAGUUUGUCCAGUAUGAAACCGCACAUAGACCAGAUUUUCACAAGUGAUAAUCAGAGGAAACCAUUUAGAUGACCUAGAUGCAUCAUAAUCAUGCUAUUGAUGUGGAUGUUCAUUGAUAUAAAAAGGCACCUUUCUCAUCUCUUAUUUUGAAGAGUCAUUGUUGUCUGGCGAUGAACUUCUGAUCUUCUCAUGCUGAUGUUGCUCCUGAGCUGCUGAAAAACACUGAAAAGACAAUGCAGAAUCGGACAAAAAGAGACAACAGAAUUUUCAGCAUCUGAUCUUCACUAGAUCUACUAGAUCAUCUGAGGGAUUCGACUGAAUCAAGAUGCUGCUGAUCAUUGAAGCUGUUCUUCUCAUUUUAGCUGCUCUAGGACAGGAUCACAGAGCAGCUGCUGGUGCAGAAGUGAAACUGGAUAUGGCACUGAAUUCAGUUGAUGACCAAUAUGAAAGCUGUACAAAGAAAAUGGCGAAUCUGGUGAAGACCAAAUAUCUAGAAGAAGAAAUGCAAUCUAAUUUUGCAAAAGCUUGGAAACAUGCUGAAAAGAAUUACAAGAAACACGGAGAUGUGACAAACUUGAAAAAUGUUCAUUUGAUCGCUCUUUAUAUGUACACUAGUUCUAUGUUUAACAUAUAUGAGGAUUUCAAUAAUGCUGUACGUAAUGAAAAGAAAACCUACCAAAACAAGAAAUUCAAAUGGCAUUCACUUCACUUUCUGUUAACAGAUGCAAUACAAAUUCUGAAGAAAACACAAAAUGGAUGCUACGAUACUUAUCGCGGCACCAAUGUUCAUUUUAAUGAGAGUGUUCUGAACAAAGAGGUUCGUUUUGGCUCAUUUACUUCUUCCUCUUCUAGUCAAGCCAGAGCUAAACAAUUUGGAAAGAAAUCUUGUUUUGAAAUCACCACUUGUGAAGAUGCAGAUUUGACAAAAUAUUCUAAGCUUCCUCAUGAGAAAGAAGUGCUGAUUCCUCCAUAUGACACAUUUAAAGUCACUGCUGUUAAGAAAAAAGCUGAUCAGCCUGAUUUCUGGUGUGAAACUGUGUUUACUUUGGAAAGCUCUGGAACACAAAGUAACCAGAACUGUGCUCUAUUCAAGAAACCAAACAAGACAAAAAAAAAAAAGUACUAAAACUCACAAUAAAAGUAGGCCUACUGAACAAAGGGCUUUACAUUUAUGAAUUUAUAGUGCACCAGUUCCAACAUUUGUCUGUCUUGGUUUAGCUCAACAAAUCUUUGUCCUAAAAAAAAACCUUUGUUUGCAUAUUUUCAACAAUGAAAUAAAGCUAUUUUCAAGUGGCCCAAUUCAGUGCCUUCAGUGUGAUUUU